AAUGGCUUAUAUUAAAGCGAAAAUAGCUUUACUAAUUAGUGUUGCUAUUUGGAUAGCAGCUUUACUCUUUGCUAUUCCGUGGCCAAUAGUUUAUACUGUAAGAAGUUACGAAGGAGCUGAAGUUUGCAGUGACGCUUUUGAUUCAAUAGAGAAGAGAGCCUCAACAUUUAUUUUACUUUUCAUAUUUGGUUAUGUUAUACCUCUUGCAGCUAUAGCCGUAUUUUCGUAUCUACUCGUAAGAAGUUUAUGGAGCGUGCCGAAGACGCAGAAUGGUAAUACUGCAAAAAAGAAGGUCACUCGUCUAAUUAUUUCAGUUGUCUUAGCGUUUGCCACUUGUUGGCUACCUACCCAUUUGUUCUCCUUAUAUGUUAACUUGAGAAACUUAUUAUCUUCGCGUCCCUUCCGUUUUACAACCACAAUAUUUGUCUUACGUCAAUGUAGUCACGUUAUAUCUUACGCCAAUUCGGCAAUUAAUCCCGUGCUGUACGCUCUAUUAUCUAGGCACUUUCGUCUGGCCUUUAAGAGGGCGUUAAGAUGUAGGAAUAGAGGUAGUAGAACUGGUGGUCGAGGUUUAAUGGCGUCUCAACCAUUACCAUUUCACGUACGGCUACAAAAUAUUCGCUGUCAAAUAGGCGUCGGUAAAAGAGUCAAUCAUAGCGUUUAA